AUGACCAAGCGCCGCCGUACCCCGUCGGUGGACACGCUCGACGUCACGUCCGACACCGACACUGAGGCCACCUCCGCCGGCACUCACGCUGGCGCCCCCACCGCGGUGACCCACAACCACAACAACUUCAACAACUUUUCCGUCAACAUUGACACCGAUGCCAUUCAUCGCGCUAUCGAGCAACAGAAUGCGCUUCUCUCGUCCAUCCAGGCCACCCAAGUCGAGCAUACCGACAUGCAGAACCAGCAUGCCGAAGUGACCAAGUCUGUCCAGGUGGUCCAGGAGCAGCACGGCGAAGCCCAUGCCGAGCACCGCGACGCUCUCGCCGGAAUCAAGCGCACCCUCGACAACCAUGACAAGGCAUUUGACGACCACGGCAAGGCACUUGCCAUUCUGGUCGACUCUCAGAAGAAGCACGACGAGGUCCUUCAGUCCAUUCUCCAGGGGCAGAAGGACCAAACAGACCUCCUUCAGUCCAUUCUCGCCACUCAAAGGACCCUCGCUGAGAAGCUUGACGCCUCUGCCGCCAUCGUCACGGCCACCGUAGCCUCAUCCGAGAACGCCUUCCUUGAGUUCAACAACAAGCUUGAUUCCGUCAUCGCCAAGACCAAUGAUCUCGACACCAGCGUGGCCGCUGUGCGCGCCGACGUCAACAACAAUCUCGAAACGAAGAUCGCUGCGCUCGACAACAAGCUUGAUGACAAGUUUGCGACCGUUGACACCAAGCUCUUCACCGUCGAGGCCGUAAAUGCAAACCUCGGUGCCCGUAUCGAUGCGGUCAAUAGCAAGAUAACCAAAGUCGAUGGCAACGUGGCUGCGCUCAGCCGCACGCUCCCUGCGGUCGAAACUCAGCUCGGUACCAUCAAGACGCAGCUCAAGGCGGUCGAUGCGAACCAAACCUCCCACACGACCUCCCUCGAUCGCAUCAAGACCAAAGUGACAUCCCUCGGUACGAAGACGGACACCAUCGCGGGUGAUACCAUUCACCUCAUCGCGGAAGUCAAGAAGCUCGCCUCUCACACUGGCGACAGCCGCAGCCUUCAAAACUCCGGUGCCUCUACAGUCCACAGCCAUUCUAGAGCUAGCACCACCAAUAGCAACUACUGUGAGGAAUGGAACCGCGACAGUUCGAAGUGCAGCUCUGCCACUUGUCGCCAUGGAAAGCUGCAUCUCUGCCCUCACUGUAUCUCAAAGGGCAGGACGGGAAUUCAUAGGAGCUUGUAUUGCCCUUACUGA